AUGUCUACUGAGCAGUUCAAGGCUGGCUCUACCAUUAGGCAGAGUGUGGUGGCUGCCUAGAGCAGCAGAUUUUGAGCAAUAAACCACCCUUCCAAGAUGCUAAAACCAAGAAAGUUGACUCCUGUUUCUUCCUUUCUUUAAAAGAAGCUCCUGCAUAAUAGAUUGAGGAAACGAGGCUAAGGAGAAGAAAUGAAUAAUUGAAAAUGAAUGGGAGGUGAUUUGAAGUAACCUGAGACAAAGAGAGCUGUGUUUUGAUGGAUGAGAGAGUGAAAGAUGAGAUAGGAAGAAGUGCCGUCCGUGUCCCAGAGGUGAGCGAGGUCUGUAGAAUAAGCAGGAGUGGGGAAAAGUCUCAUCAGAUCUCUAAGGUCCUGCGCAAGAAGAUGUGAUGGUCCGGGAGAAGCUAACCACAGCUCUUGGCUUCCAGCUCUUUCCUCAUGCACUGACAUGGAGAAAUGGAUUAUGGAUUGGCAAGGAAUUUACACUUUAGUAGCCUCCUGAAAAUCAUCUGCAUCCUCCCAGCAGUGGCUUACAGUCAGCUGCUCCCUUUGGAAGAUGCAACGUAUGAGGAACAAGUGGUCAAAGGGGUGCGUGAUCGUGCAGUUGUUCUCCCCUGUGGCGACGUAGUCUUGCCCAUGAUUGUCUUCUGGAGUUUCACCGGAUUUGGCUCGCUUGUUCCCAGGGCUGUUGCCAUCAGCAAUGGCAUAAGUUCCAAGGUGGAGAAGGCUGCUGCUGUUCUUGGGGAGGUGACCUUGAGGAACAGCACUUUGGAGAUAGCAAACCUACAAAAGGCAGCAGAAGGGCGUUUCAUGUGCCAGGCGAUGUAUGAAGAAGAAGAGGAGAUCCAAGUAGCUUACUUCUAUAUUGAGCUCACUGUUUUGAUCCCUGUUUCAAAGCCCUUCCUGCAGAUGAAUGAUUCUGUGCCCGUGGAGGGCGCGUCUGUGGUGAUGACGUGCACAGUGAAAGAGGGCACGGAUCCUGUUGAUUAUCGCUGGCAUCGUCACACCAGUCGGGAUGGAACAGUUGCCAUUGCAGAAGCAGUGGGUACCUCCUUGAACCUCACAUCCGUUAACCGCACUCACAUGGGAUGGUACACCUGCACAGCCCACAACGAGGUCAACAGCCAAACUAGUGACCGGAUGUACCUAGAUGUUAUCUAUGGGCCUGACGAACCAGUGAUCAGCGUGGAGCCAUUUGCGAUUAACCAACAUGGCUUCCUGGCCAAUGAGCAAGAAGAGGUGAUCAUGACCUGCCUGGCUCCUUCUAAUCCACCCAGCCACUACAUUUGGUUCUACAAUAGCUCCCAGGUCUAUUCAGGCCAGAAGUACGUGAUCACGAGAAUCUCACGGACCCAAACCGGCGUAUAUACGUGCCUAGCCCAGAAUUUGCAUUUGAACACGCGUACCCAGACAGCCAUUAUCUUGACUGUUUACUAUUUGCCCAAGGGGAAACCCAAAUGCAUGCCACUGCCAGCUGCCAAUUUCCGAGACAUUGCUCUGCACUGUUCGUGGCAGGGGGGCUUCCCCCCAGUGCGGCUGCGGUGGGUGAAAUCCAGGCAGCAAGGAAACUACACAGCCACUUACUCCAAUGCCACCCAAAUCCACCGAGGCAUGGACGUCCGCAACGGAAGCUCCUAUACCUGCCUGGCUUCCCACCCAGCACUGAAAGAGGACACUGUCUGCAGGACCACUGUGUGGGUUCCAGGAGGGAGUCCCACCUGCAGUGCAGUGGCGACCAAGCAGAAUGAAUUCCUCAUGUUGACCUGUGACUGGGCAGGCGGAGAACCUCGGGUGACCCUGUGGUGGAGAGACUGGAGGGACCACGUGCUGGGAGGUUUGAAACCCUCCCACAGCAUCUUUGUCAUGAAAUCCAACAACUCCUUGGGGGGCAAAGAAUUUACCUGCAUGGCCGCUCAUCCCCUACAGAGGAGAACAGCGGAGUGCCACAUCCGACUGGAACCUCCAAAGCUUGCGGUUGAGAGGUCUAAGGUGUCGCUCUUUGAAGGCAACGAGGUUGAGCUGGCCUGUCGUCUCCUAGGCCCUUAUUUGGGAUCAGAGGUUUUCUGGUACAACAACAAGAAUCAGGUCAUUCGAACGGAUGCAAGGAAAUACCAACUGCAGCGGGAGAAUGCCUGGUUCAACCUGACCCUGCGGGAUACAGAGUGGAUGAAGGAUAGUGGUGUCUAUCGCUGUACGGCCAUGAACGCUGUGGGCAAUUCUUCUGCCCCUGUCAGCCUGCAGGUUAAGAAGUAUCCCACCCCACCGAAUGUGACCAUUAGCAAGCUGAUGUACACCCGCCACCGCACGGAGGUGGAGCUGGAAUGGCAGAUCCAAGGCUCUGGCAACCUGACUGGUUUCGUGGUUCAGAGGAGGGAAGCCAAAAAGGCUCUCAAGAAGCAAGUGGCCGGCAGUGUCCCCUGGGAAACGGUGGCUAGCGAUAUCGAUGCCGACACACGCGACCAGAAGCUGGGCGGGCUGGAUCCUGCCAUGGUGUAUGCCUUCCGCAUCCUGGCCGUCAACCACCGUACCACAGGGCACCCCUCAGAAGUGAAGACUCCAGCUGACCCUCCGUUUAAUGCGUACCCUGCUGUGAUCGGAGCUGCGGUGGCAGGAAUGAUUGUGGCAACUGUUGCCUCUCUCUUGGUCUUCCAGUACGUCGUCCGGAACCGGGAGAACAAUCCAAGAUUACAUGACCUGCUUUUCAGAAUGGCUGGUACAGAAGCUCGCGAGCGCAUCAGAACUCCCGAGGAUGCUGAGACAACAACAGGACUAGAGAGCGAAGCCAGUGAACAGGUUGGAGACCCUUCUGCUGCAGCCGCUGGAGGACCCUCUCCCGAGGUGAGCUCAGAGGAAGCUCCAGGGUCUCCAGGAGAUCCUGCAGGAGCUCAGGAAGACGCCUCAGCUCCUGCGCCAGAGGAUGCUCCAGUGAAUGUUACCAUCACAGUGACGGCAACAACCCCUUGACUGCUCCUUGGUACUCAGCCAAGGUAGCAUGAGAAGACCUAUUCUGGAUCAGCAAGAGGAGGACCAUGAUAUGGGGAGGGAUGGUGGGGAUCAGGAAGACUUGGAAGGAGAUGUCAUUUCAAGGCUUGCAUUAGCCAAGAACUGUCCAAUCAGUCUCUCUCAGGCUAGAAGAGACCCUCUCUGAGCAUGUUCUCAGCCUUAGCCACACUUGCUGAACAAAGAAUAGAGAGCCUGUGAGCAACCUUGGGGCUGUUUUCCUGCAGACAAAGGAUUUCUUUCUCCUUUUCUUAUAAACAGAUGGUGGCUUGGCAGGUUUGGUCCUGAAA